AUGGCGCCACCAUGUCGAAAGUUUUUAUGCUUGGAGGAUAAAGCUCGGAUCCUGGCCGAAGUCGCAAGUGGAGAGAAGAAAGGCGACGUUGCGAAGAAGUUUGGGAUUUCUCCCAGUUCGCUGUCCACCAUCUUGAAGUCAAAAGAAGCAAUAGCGCAAGCUCUUGCUUCGGGCACAUCAGCCAAGCAGAAGAAGCUGACGCCGUCGGUGCACGAAGACCUCGAGAAGGCUAUGUACACGUGGUUUGUCGAGACGAGGGCGAAAAACAUACCCAUCAGUGGAAAUGCCAUGCAGCAGAAGGCCCUGAAUUACGCUUGCCUGCUGGGAAUUAACGAUUUCAAGGCGAGCACAGGCUGGCUCAGCAGAUUCAAGGCCCGCCAUGACAUUGUCGGCAAGACGCUCUCUGGCGAGUCGGCAUCGGCAGACAAAGGCAGCGCAUCCGCCUGGAUUUCCACAAACGUUUCGGCAUUGUUGAAAGACUAUGCGAAGUGUGACAUUUACAACGCUGACGAGACAGGCCUGUUUUAUGAGAUGCUGCCGUCAAAAACCCUCGAAAUGAAAGGUCAGCGUUGCCACGGUGGGAAACACAGUAAGAAGCGCGUGACCGUACUGCUGUGCGCCAACGCGGACGGAUCCGACAAGCGCCCACCGCUAGUCAUUGGGAAGAGUGCAAAGCCCCGUUGCUUUAAAGGUAAUAGGAGCCUUCCCGUAAAAUAUGUCGCCAACAGCCGCUCCUGGAUGACGCGGGCCAUUUUCUCCGAGUGGGUCACUUCAUUUGACUGCGACAUGAGGAGGCAGGGCCGGCGGGUGUGCUUAUUGCUGGACAAUUGCUCCGCCCAUCAUAUUCUGGAUGUGGAGCUCACAAAUGUGGUGCUGAAGUACUUUCCACCGAACUGCACUUCGGUAAUACAGCCACUUGACCAAGGUGUCCUUAGAAGUCUGAAGUGCGCCUACCGCCAGCGAGUGAUGCAGCGUCUCCUAUUGAACGUGGAGACCGGUCGCGACACGAAGUUAGACCUGUUCAUGGCGCUGCAGAUGAUGGCUGCUGCGUGGGCUGCAACUGGACGGCCAGUUAUCGCGAACUGCUUCACGCACGCUGGCUUUAAGCUCGGAGACACCGACUCCGCUGAGGAUCCUGCUGACUGCAACGCAGCAGUGCAUCCGCCAGGAGACGUAAUUGCUUCCUGGGCGGCCCUUCAAGGUGCCGGAAGUGUGCCAUCCAGUGUCGAGCUGGACGACCUCAUCGACGCUGACAUCAAUGUGAUGGCCCGUGAGGAAUUGAGCGAUGAGGACAUCAUAAAAAGUGUCCGCGACGACGGGGGGCAGUCGGAUGACGACGAAGUGCCAGACCUGCAUCCACCGGCCACAUCUCGCGUACUGGAUGCGUUCGAUGUCAUCAGAAACAGCGUGGCUGUGCAUGAUGACGACGUCAUGAUGCUCCUAGGAAAAAAAGGGACGCAGUCGACACUGCUUGACUUCUGGAAAUAA